AUGAUAAAUAGAGGUCUAUUUUCAACUAAACCAACAUAUAAUCCAUUCUCGAUUACAAAUACUAAUGCAUCAAAGUUUAGUUUUGGAAAUUUUAGAUUAAGUGAACAACUUCAAAUCCUUCACCACGUUAUCAAAUAA